AAAUGCAUUUAACAAAAAAAAAAAAAACUUAUAAAAGGCUUCGUCGAAAUCAUCAUCAUCAUUAAAAUUAAAAAGAAUUAAAUACAAAAAACAAAAACUAGCUUCUAAAAUUAUUUAUACAAAAAAGAGUUGUCGUUGUUGUUGUUGUUGUUACUGUUGUUGUUGCUGUUGUUGCUGUCAAGUUUGUUUUGUUUAUUGUUAAAAGAAAAAUAAUAAUAAUAAUAAUAAAACUGGUUGUGUUGUGUGUGGAGAAAAAAAAAAUCAAGUUUUUUUGUGUGUACAUAAGUGUUUGCCAACAAUAAAUAAUAUUUAAUUUAAAGACAAUUUUUAUUGUAUCUCCAAGUAGACAAUAUAUAUAUUGUAAUUGAUAUUUUUAUUUUUUUUUUAUUAUCAAGAUAUAUAGUGUCAUAGUGAUAAACAUAUAUAUACUCAAAUACUCGAAUAUAUAUUUAUUAAAAAGUUUUUCUUUGUUCUGAGUUUCUCGCGCAUUUGCAUUUGUGCCAGUGGCGCAUAUUGCUUUGUGCUCUCUCGACAACAACACUUUAUUUCGUCUUUCAUUAAAUUUUUUUACUCUAUAAAAUUUAAUAAACAAUCAAAAUAAAUAGAUAAAUAUAUUCAACAACAAAAAUCCAUCAUCAUCAUUGUAUUAUAUACCCUGGAAAAGUGGAGUGAAAAAGAGGAUCAAAAUUGAUACAUGACGUGCAGAUUAACGGGGGCCGUCCUCUCGAGCAAGCCAAAACGUGGAGUACGGCCCCGUAAAACUUGACGAUAUAUUAAAUUAAUAAAUUAGCUAAAAAAUCCAUGUGGAACUGGUUAAUCUCCUUCAUCAUCAUCAUCAUCAUCAACUGGAAUAAAUAAAUCAAGACUUUAUAUUGAUAUAUCAAGUUGAAAUAAUAUUAUUUGAUACUUGGCAUCAUCAUAAUCAUCAUGCUGUACAUAUUUUAUGUCGACACUGGUGCAACAAUUACUUUCAACAUUGGUCUCGCCCUCCAAAGUGUUGCCGAGUUGAAGGAAGCAAUUGAACGAGAAUGUGGCGUACUUGCAGAACAUCAAGUAUUACUUAUGAGUGGCGGGGAAAGUUUGGAAUCAAAUGCACGUGUUUGCUCGUACUCAGCUGGAACUGACACUAAUCCAAUUUAUUUAUUUAAUCAAGGAGCAAUAGAGAGUCAGGUUCCUCCUAUUCCUCAUACUGAUUACAGCACAGAUGUUGAUUUGGCUGAUCAAAUUAAUGCCUCAUUGGCAAUGUCAGCGACAUAUGCAACCUUGGUAUCACGGGCCCAACUUGCUCAGCAAUGUUAUAAUAUUGCCAAAGAACAAACAAGAACUUGUGAACAUUUGGUACAUGAUCAACAUCUUCAACAGCAAGGUUGGGCAGCAGUUGUUGCUAAUCUUGAGGAUAUUACACAAAUGUUUCAAACAAGAGCUGAUUUAUUACAACAAAAUGUUGCACAUUAUUUAACUGAACGUGAACAACAUAUGCAAUUGUUAAAUAAUUUUAAUAAUGAUCUUCAAACAUUAUCAAAAAUACCAAUAUUACCAGCAUUAAGAGCACAAGCUGAUGGUUUAAUUAGUCCAGAUGAUAAUGAACAUUAUGAAUUACAACAAAAUGAAACAUUAUUAUCAUCAUCACAACAACAACAACAACAACCAAAUGACAAUCAAGUAUUGAGUUUACUUAGAUGGAUAUCAGCUAAAGAUAACCAGAGUAGUCUUGAAUUAAUAUUUGAUCAAUGUUCACGUGGUUUAGAACAAUUUGAUGAACGUAUGAUGGAAUCAUUAAAAAAUGAAGUUAAUUUAGCAAUUGAUGCAUCAGAUAGACCAGAAUUAAAAGAAAUAAAAGGUUUAGGUGAACGUUUAUUUGGUUUAGAACAAUUAAUGAGUCAAGCUAAAAGAUUAGUACAAGAUCAAGGUGAAUUGGCCCAAGGUUUUUCACAAAAUCAAACACGUGCUAAUAAUUUAGGUGAUCCAAGUGUAUUACCAGAUUUAUGUGCAUCACAUCGUAAACAAUUAAUUGUCAUGUUGGGUAAUCAUAAUCAAUUACGUGAUAUAAGACGUCGUUGUACACGUGCUAAAGAAGAAUUAUCAGAAAAUAUAUAUCAUCGUUUAAAAUGGAUAAUGUUUGUUGAAAAAAAAAUAUGGGAAGUUGAUGGUAAAUUAGUUAUGUAUCAUGAAAAUUUAAAACGUUUAAGAAGACAUUUAGAAAUACUUGAACAAAUACAUUUAGCACCACAAAUGUAUAUUGAUGCUGUUGCUGAAGUUGUUAGAAGAAGAACAUUUUCAAAUGCAUUUUUAUUAUGGGCAAGUAAUCUUGCUUGUCAAUUGAUGACUGUACAUAAUGAUGAAGUACAAUUACGUCGUAAUUUUCAAGCUAAAUUUGAUGGCCAUUUUUUAAAUAUAUUAUUUCCUGGUCUUGAGGAUACACCACCAUCAUUUGCAACACAAGCACCAAAUUUAUUUGACAAUCAAUUGCCAAAAUUAACAUCACAAGAUAUGGAUUCAUUGAAAUGUCAACUUCCUGAUUUUGCUGAAUCCAUGAAUAUUCCAAAUUUAAAUAGUAUAACACAAUUUUUUUUAUCAAAUAGUUUAUCAAAUAGUAAUAAUAAUAAUAAUAACGAUAAUAAUGAAACAACAACAAAUAAUGAUAAAAAACAACAAAAUGAAAAUAAUAAUAAUGCGACAACAACAACAACAACAAUUGAUGAUGUAUCUAAUAUUGUUGAUCAAUCAUCAACAUCAAUGACUACUGAUCAAAGAAUGAUUGAUGAUGGUACUUUUAUUCAUCAAGAUCAAAUGGACAAUUUAUCAAAAACAAAAGAAUUGGAGGUUGGUUCGGACAAUGUGUUAUUAUCUUCAUCCCCAAAUAAAAAAAUACAAUUAACAACAUCAAAUAAUAAUAAUAAUACUCCUCAAUUUCCAUCAUCACAACAAUUAAAUAAUAAUAAUAAUAAUAAUUCAAUCAUUUUAUCCCACCAAAAUCAUUCAUCUAUCAAGUGCGACGGCCAGCUUGUAUCAAAACAAAAAUCUACUGUUAUCAUUGAUAGUAGUAGUGAUGAUAGUAGUCCAUUUAGUGAUGCACCAGCCUCUGGUGAUUUUAUACCAACUGAAUUUUAUAUGGAUGAAUCAUUACCAAGUAGUCUCAGUGAGCAUCACAACAACGAUACUCAGCAUCAGGCUUUUCUUAAUCUUCUUCAGGAAAAUCUUGGAAAUGCACGAGCUGAAGUACAACGUCUUCGUACAAUAUUACAAACAAUGAAAACAACAACAAGUGAAACAAUGAUGACAUUUAGAAAUGAAUUAUUAAAUUUACGUGAAAAAAUAAAUGAUGAUAAAAAUAAUAGUAUUAAUGAUGUUACUGAAAGAAUAAAUCAAGCAUUAACAUUACAUUCACAAGAAUCUGAACGUAUAUUACAUGAACGUCAACAUGAAAUGACUGUUGAUCAUGAAUUUGAAUUAUCAGAUAUUAAAAAAUUAUUAAAUGCACGUGAUGAAGAAAUUGAUAAUUUAAAACAAACAAUGAUUGACAAAGAAAAUAAUCAAGCUGAGCAUGAACGUUUAAUAAAUACAAUGCGUCAAAAAAUUGAAGCUGAAAAUGAAGAAAUAAUAAAUAUUAAAAAUAUACAAACACAACAACAAUUACAGCUAUCAGAAAAAUUAAAUAUGACAAUUAUUGACAAAGAUAAUGCAAUUGAAAAAGUUAAUAUUCUAACAGAUACUAUUGAACAAUAUAAAUUAAAAAUAAAUCAACUUGAAGAUAAUUUAGAAACAGCAAAACUUGAUCAACAAAAAAUCAUUAAAGAAACAACAGAUAAAUUACAACUUGAAUAUAAAACAGAGCUUGAAACAAUAAGAAGUAGAUUUAAAUUAAUGACUGCAUCAACACUAAUGGAAAGAAGUCCAAGUGAUUCUAGUCUUGAAAAAAUUGAAAGAACAGAUUUAAUUGAGCUUGUUAAUCAUGAAGCAAUUAUUGCACAAUUGAGACAAGAUUUUGAGACUGAAAAAGACAAGGCAAUAAGACAAGCAAUUGAAAAUAAAACACAUGAUAUGCAGCUAAAAAUUAAUCAAUUAGAACGACAAAUUGAAAAUCUCAUGUUACGAGAAAUAACAUUAUUCAAAGAGUGUGAAAAAUAUCGUGAAAAUAUUCAUCAACAUUCAGCUACUGACACAAAUGACGUGUUAUUUAAUAAAAAUAAUAAUAAUAAAAUGGAAAUGAAUGAGAGUAUUGAUGGUUCAACAACAAGAACAAUUGUUAAAACUGAUUGUGGUGUUAGUGGUGCAACAAAAUCUAGCAAAGAUGAUAAUAUUGAAGCAUCUGAAUCAAAAAAAGUUAGACUUGAAUCAUUAUCAUCAACAUCAUCUGAAUCAUUGUCAUUGUUGGGUGGUGGUGGUGGUGGUGGUAAUGCUGAUUGUUUAACAAGACAUUUAGAAAAAUUAGAAAUUGAUAAUAAACGUUUAACAGCUGAAUUACGUGCUGUUAAAGAUUCAAAAAAAAAUAUCAUUGCAAAAAUGGAAGCUCUUGAAUCUGAUAAAGUUUUUUUAGAAAUUGAACUUGUUAAAGAAAGAUCACGUAAUAAUAUUAAUCAACCAGAAAUUAUUGUAUCAAUGGAUUCAUCACGUGAAAAUACUAGAGAAUAUAAAGACAUGAGUUGUUCAGUUGCAGUUGUUUCAGAAACAUCAAGCCAAGAAGCUGGUACUUCAUUAUCAUCUGAUAUUAAUCGACAAGAUCCAUCAACAUUUAAAUAUCAUGAAAAAUUAAUAAAAAGUACAACAAAUAUAUUUCAACAGCUAUCCAUUAGUUUAAAUACUUGCAAUACUGGUGAUUGUGUUAUUGUUCUUUGGGAUACAAAACAUUCAAAUUAUAUUGUUCUUCAAGAAACAAAAACAAUGUAUUUUUUACAUUCUGAUUGUACUGAUACACUUGAUUUACGUCCUAGUCGUGAUGGUUUACCGAAACAAACUUAUGUACUUGGUCAAGUUAUUGAUAAACAAUAUUGCCAUGCAAAAAAGCCUGAAAAUCGUUAUAAAGUUCCUCAAGGCACGAAAUUUUAUCGUGUACGUGUAAGACGACUAGCAAGAGAUUUGGAUUUGACAAUAUCAUCAUCUGAUAGAAGCCAAGAUUUUACGAUAAAUCACCUGAAUCCAAUAAAUUAAACGUAAUGAAUGACGAUGACGAUCAUGAUGUUUAUGAAAGAAAAGGUAAUAAAUUAGCGCUGUGAUUGGAAUCUUGUGUCACACAUACACACACACACACACACACACACACACACACACACACACACAUGUAUACAAUAUCUUAAUUAUUAUUAUUAUUAUUGUUAGACAAUUAUUAAUAAAAUAAAUUAACUCACACUUGUAUAGAAAUAUUUAAUAAUUGUCAAUUUUUUUUAUUAUUAAAAGUCUUGAAAGUAAUUCAUUGAAAAAUAAUAAUAAUAAUAAUGAUAAUUUGUGUGAGCAUUAUAAUUAACAUAAUUAAUUAAUAUGAUAAUUUAAUAAGUCUAGAUUAUUAUUGACAAAUAGGAGAGAUAAUAAAAAGUUUCAAAAAAAUGACAAAAAAUAAAUAUAAAAGUGAAAAAAAAAAAAAAAAAAAAAUUUGUGAUAUAAAUGCUGCGAAUUUUAUGAUAGAAUGAUAAAAAAAAUAAAAAAUGCACUGGCGUUUCGUUGUGAUAAUGUUUGAUUGUAAACAGCUGUGACUGUGGAAUUUUUUUUUUUUUUUUUUUAUAUAAUAAAAAGUAUCUGUGGAUCAUGAUGACAAUGAGAAUGAGUGAGUAAAUUAAUUAAAAAUUGUACCAGUUAAAAAUAUAUAAUAAUUAAUUAUUUUAUUUUAUAUUACUUGUAGAAUUUAAGAAUUAAAAAAAAAUGUACUUUUUGUAUUGCAAUUGUGCAAUUAUUGUCGACGAAAAUAAUUUAAUUUACAAUAAAUUAUUUAAAAAUAAAAAACGAAAUUAUUUCGUGCAAUCUAAACGAAUUGAUAAUAAAUAAUUAUUAUUAUUUCUUUAUCUCACAAACAACCACACAAACACACACGUUAAUAUUUAUAGUGAAUAUUUAUAGUGAAAAAACAAAAGAAAAAAAAAAAAAAACAUAGCUGUGAUUGUUAGACCUAAUGUAACAAUUUUUUCACCCUACUACUUAAAAUUUGAAAAGAUAAAUUAUAUAAAUAUAUAUAUUAACGACAACAACAAUAAAUAUAAAAUAUAGGAUAAUAAUUUAAAAAUAAAGCUCGAUAUUAUAAAUUUUAAAUUGAUAAAUUAAUUUUGUAGUUAUUAAUAUAAAUAAUAGUUAAAAAAAUGUUAUGCAACUGACUGUCACAAAUAAGUCUAUUUGUAUUGCUACUCCUACUUCUACUACUUCUACUACUUCUACUACUUUUACAAUAAUUAUUAUUAUUAUUAAAAAAAAUCAGUUGUAAUGAAUAAAUUACUCAAAAUCUAGCUAAUCAAUUAGUGUAUUGAUAAAUAAUAGCCAACAUAAAUAUUCAUUUUUUUUUUUUUUUGCACCAAAAUAUCUAAAAUUAUUACUACUACUAUGUAUUAUUUGACAAGCAAGAUAUUAAUAAUAAUCAUUAUUAUUGUUGGCUAUAAUUAAUAAUAAUAGGGCUCUGCUAAUAUAUAUAAAUAAUGUUGCGAUAUGAAUCAUGAUAGAUAUACUUAAACUCUACACACCGAUGACUGGAAAAAUUAAUUAUAUCGAACCUCAAUGUUCAACACAAUCAAAAUUUGUAGAUUUUUUUUAUAAAAUUCAUUGAACAUGUGUUCGAUAAAAUAAAUGUGAAAAUUUUUCAAU